UCCAAGAUGGCUGAUGCUGGAAGGAGAGUUCAUUCUAUGGGUCACGCUCACUGUUAGGAUUAAUAAGACAAUUUACUCUCUUUCCAGAUAGAUAUUACAUACACUAGAAAUUGCAUUAUUGCUCUUAUAUAAGGAUUAUUGUGUUCACACGCAAGGACUUGCUUAAGAUGGAAAGCCAUCCACAUGACUUCAAAAAUGCAGAUCUGUGCAUCUUCUGAUUUUAGCCCUUCGAUCUUGGAUCUUAAUGGACGGUAGCCCAGGAAAUCUGCAAGGGGAUGAUGGUUUAACUGGGGUAGAACCACCCCUUGACACUGCUGAAGAUGUGAACCAAGAGCAGAUAACUGGCCAAGGGGAUGUAACUCUAUUCCCUGGACAGUCCCAACUUAGUGAAUCUCAUACCCUGGGGCAAGAAACAGAACUUUAUGAAACCAAUCCAUCAUAUUUUGGUGAGUCUUUGGCAUCAUCAUGCACAGAUGGUUCUCCGACUGACCUCUUUGAAGAAUCUCAACACGCUACAGCUUCAUCACCUUUGGAAAGUAAAAGUGCUAAUGAGUCGUCUCCACCACCAUCCAUUUACUCACGUCAAUUAGACUCCAGUUCACCUGUACAGAACUUACCUGCAGUAGAUCCUAGUGCUAUUUUGUCUCCUGAACACGCUGGACGAGGUUAUCCCCCCUUUCCAGUUCUACAACCAGUUAAAAGAGGCCCUGGUCGGCCGAGAAAAGAUGGUCAAUCACCAAUACCCAGAAAACGAAGUGGUCGUGGAAGAGUCUUUGGAGCGGGAAGAGGAUCCCGGUCAUUUUCUGCUGAAAGAGCUUCCCGUGCUAGAGGAACUGGUCGCCGUGGUCGACCUUCCUCUGUUCACAGCCUGAGCUAUCGUCGGGCUCUCCAGUCUCAAGCUUCACAGCUUCAGUACUCUCCUGAGAGGAUUGGAAGACCUUCUUCAACUUUAAUAAGAAAUCUGUCAUCUCAUCGAAUGGAUACGUUAGAAACUGGAGAUGAACCACGACCAGUCGGCUCCUCAGUGCCAGGUGGUGUUGAGGCGAGGUUGUCCGAAGGUGCCAGUACCAGUGCUGCCACAGCAGUAGCAGCAAUCGAGCCUGUCGAGCAAGGCCCUGUGCAUCUAUGUGCGUUCUGUGGAUGUGGAGAGAAAAGUUUACUGGGACAGGGAGAACUUCACAGAUAUGAGCCAACACCAGGUUUUAACCCUUUUAAGAGAGUGCUACCAAAAUUAAGACGAGGGGGUCCAGAAUAUGAUGAGAAGGGACGAGAGAAAAGUCCACGUCACCUGACUUGGAGACGGCGGCGAGGUCCUCCCAGGGAAGGAAGCCCUACUGACGCCAUGUGUCUUCACAGAGAGAGGAGCCGCUCUCCGCGGCAGUCGUCGCUGGACGAGGAUGGUGUGAUUAGUCAGACUUGUGAUGAGCUCAGUCAGGUGGGACAUUCCGAGGAUGUGGAAGUGAGCCACGUAUUUGAACCAUCAGGUCAUGUGUGGGCUCAUCACUGUUGUGCUGCUUGGGCUGAGGGUGUCUCGCAGUCAGAAGAUCAGCUGCAGUUUGUUGACAGGGCUGUGUUCUCUGGACUGUCUCAGAAAUGUGCUUACUGUAGAAGAUAUGGUGCAACCAUAAGCUGUCGAAGCCCAAGAUGCCAGAAAAGAUUUCACUUCCCAUGUGCAUCUGCCGGGGGAUGUUUUCAGGAAAUGAAGACACGGUCUUUGCUUUGUACUGAACAUCUUGACCAAGCUGAAACUUUGGGGGGAACAGAGUCGUUGUGUGUUCAGUGUGGCACUACAGGCAAUGUUGCUGAGCAACUCUUCUGCACAACCUGUGGUCACCAUUACCAUGGCAACUGUCUUUGUCCACCAGUGGAGGUGAAGCCGACAGUGCGGGCCGGCUGGCAGUGCCCCAACUGUAAGAUAUGCCAGACAUGCAGACAUCCCGGAGACGACUGCAAGAUGCUGGUGUGUGAUCUCUGUGAUAAAGGCUACCACACAUUCUGUCUCAAACCUGCCAUGACCACCAUUCCCAAAAAUGGUUGGAAGUGCAAGAACUGUCGGAUAUGUACAGACUGUGGAGCAAGAACCCCUGGAAAUGGUCCGAGCUCGCGGUGGCAUCUCAACUACUCAGUGUGCGACAGUUGCUACCAGCAGAGGAACAAGGGCCUAUGCUGUCCUCUCUGUGGCAAGGCCUAUCGGCAUUUUGAUAAUAAACAAAUGGUGCAGUGCAAUUCCUGUAAAAAAUACGUCCAUAGCGACUGUGAUCCAUCAAUAGACAGUGCUCUGUUGGCCAAGUUGAAGGACACGGGGCAGACAGACUACAUCUGUACAGUAUGCAGAGCUCAAGAUGAUACUGAUAUUGACUCCUUUCCCCUCCAACCACCAUUACCAACUGAAGAGUCUCUCGAGGGCUUCCCUUCCAGAGACACUGAUUAUGGCGUGAAGGAUGACCCCUAUAUAAAUGAAGCGUCUCUGACUGCAGCUAGCUCACAAGAAUCUCUGUAUUAUGAAGACUCCAGUUCCAGCAUGGAUGUGGAUAUGGGAAUUCCGGACAAGCAAAUGCCUCCAUUGACGACGUCCUCAGGCCUAGCAUCUUACAUGGCAGCUAAAGCUGAGAUGCUGGAGAGUCAUCGGGGCAAACUUCCAGUGGGCAGGAAGAAAAUAGGAGCCGGAAGACCCAGAACUCGUCCGCUAGUUCCCGGAGAAAGUAGACGACGACCUCUUGGUAUUGGAGAGAAGAGACGAGGACCUAAAGUCAAAGUAAAACCUGGUCAGCUAGGAACACUUGGACAGGUGGCGAGUCGUGUUGAAACUGAUUCCUCGAAGGACGAUAGUGGCGAUGACCACCCAGCUACGAUUGUCCUCACCUCCUCCAAAGACAGCUUUGUGCUAGAACAAGAUAUAUGUAAAAGCUGUGGCUCCUUUGGGAAAGGUGACGAAGGAAGACUUAUUGUAUGUACACAGUGUGGACAGUGCUAUCAUCCUUAUUGUGCUAAUGUAAAGGUGACCAAAGUAGUGCUGCAGAAAGGCUGGCGCUGCCUUGAUUGUACAGUGUGUGAGGGGUGUGGCAGCCCCAAGGAUGAGGGGAGGCUACUCCUGUGUGAUGAAUGUGAUAUCAGCUACCACACCUAUUGUCUGGACCCUCCACUAGAAACUGUACCCAAGGGAACGUGGAAGUGUAAAUGGUGUGUGCGGUGUGUCAACUGUGGAAUAACCUCACCUGGAUUUGCAUGCAGUUGGCAGAACAAUUAUACUCAAUGUGGCCCAUGUGCCAGUAUGCUGGUAUGUCCGGCUUGCAAGAUUCGCUACCGAGAAGAGGAGCUGAUCAUACAGUGUGUUCAGUGUGACAGGUGGCUCCAUGCAUCAUGUGAUGGACUUAAGUGUGAGGAGGAUGCAGAGAGGGCUGCUGAUUAUGGUUAUCAUUGUCUCUUCUGUCGGCCAAAGACAGACCAUCCUGGACCAUUACCUCCUCCUCCACCCCCACCACCACCUCCAGAAGAGAAGGAAGUGAAACCACCAACACCACCACCUCCACCAUUACCCAAAGAACCAGAAGUCCCCAAGCAGUUCCUGAUGGAUGGGGUGUACCUCUCUGCUACCGGCAUCCAGCAGAUCCAGAGCCUCACUGUGGCCAUGCCCAAGAAAGCACGGAAGCCACGGAUGGGGAAGAAAACAGAUAAACCACUAGACCCGCACAGCAAACACCCCAACAUUGCCAUCUUGCUGGGGUCUAUGUCAUCAGUAGAAGGGGAGGAGAAUCCAGAAAAAGAUACUGAAGAGCAGCUGAAGACACCAGAACCAAUGGAAGGCCUAGAACCACCCUUGUCUGUGGCGCCCCCUAGUGGGGAGGGAGCAGAGACGGAAGAGCAAGGCAAGAAGCGUCGGCAGAGGAAACAAACAGGGCUAGGUGUUGGAGGAUUUAUUGCACGACAGCGUACACGGACUUGGAAGAGACAGACAUCAGCAUCAGACAUCACACCAGAAGAAGGAACCAGUACACAGAAGGAAGGUAUGGAUCUGGUUAUUUGUACCAAAGUGAUUGGUAUUUUGGCUGAACAACAACGUAGACCUCGGGCCAAAAGUCAGCUGGAAGAGAACUUCCCUGCAUAUCUACAGGAAGCUUUCUUCGGAAAGUCACUGCUCGACACAGCCAAGGAGUCCAAAGAAACUCUCCAGGCAGAAUCUGAUGCCGAGAAGGAGAAGUCUGGUCCUGCUUCACCCACAGCUGACUUGAAGGAUGGAAAUGAUUUCAGCAAGGCUUUGAAGGAUGAACUGGGCAGCGAGGCUCUUGUGUCUGGAGCAGACGACCACAGUGAAGAUAUCCCCAACUUGUUCGCAGAUGAUGGGGACCUGAAGGACAUUCUACCUCAUGACCUCAGUGAUCUGCCCCAUGACGAGGAGAUAUUCAACAUGCUGGGCCCAGAAGAUGGUUUACCAAUUGAAACUGAGUCUAUGGACUCUACAAGUGAAAAAGCUGAAGGAUCUCGAAAAGAAUUGCCUGAAAACUUUGACAACAUGUUGAACACUGAUGACAAAAAUCUAGAUGUCGACAGCAUGUUCUCUGAUGAUGUGGUGCCUAGUCUGGCACAUAUAGACACAAAAAUAAUGGAGGACAUUUUCAAGGGUGUGUUACAGGGUUCUGAAACAUCAUCAGAUCAACCUUCAACAUCAACUGAUGGUCAGUUUCCCCUGCCAUUGCCACCACCAUCCAUUCCAGGGCAUCCUCUUCAACACCUGCCCCAGACAAGGCUGGGGAUGGGCCCACCUCGGGCACAGGCUCAUAUACCCCUCCCGGGCCCCAGUCAUCUGAUGACGGGCCCCACCCAGAUGCCCACCCCACUACAGGUGCCGGAACAAGGCUUGGUCCUACCACCCAUGCACUCUCCGUCAAUGCAGCCAUCUGCAAUGCUGUCACCUACCAUGCAUUCCCCCUCAGACCAGCAACAGGUGAUGCCUCCAGCUGGAAACAUGCCCCCGUUUGGAAUGUAUGGGCCAGGCCCUCAGCAGAUGAGUCCAAGCUUCUCGGCAGGCCCCAACCCAGCAUGGUCACUCAACACAGAGGAAGAUCAGCCAGAAACAAGCAGCCGCAGGAACAUACUGAAGUGGGAGAACGACGAGGCUCUAGGUCUGAAUGCCACCAUCUCGGCAGUGCUUUACGUUAACACCAACCAUCCAAACCUCAAAACAGAUUACCCUGACUGGGCGGAAAGGUCAAAGCAGAUCGCCAAGCUAUGGAAGAAACUCACACCAGAGGAGAAGGCCCCCUUCUUGGCAAAAGCUCGGAAGAACAGGACAAGCAGUCGAGUCCAGAAAGCCCAGAAGCAAGUUACCCUUGAGCUUAAUCGUCGGCAGCAGGAGGCACGUGAACGCCGUGAUUGUUUGUCCAUGCCGCCACCCCCAGCCCCUCCCCCACUCCCCUCUCCAGGGGCCCAGGGACCAGGGAUGCAGGACCCGUUCAUGAUGCCCCCGCAGCAGCUCUCGCCACAGGGAAUGGAAGUGCGAAGACCUGGCAUGGAGGGUGUGCUACCUGGGAUGAUGUCUCCACGCCACCCAGGUAUGCAGAGUCCAGGUAGACCCAUGGAAGGACAACAGUUGACGCCAGGUCACAGCCCCCUGCAGAGCCCUCUGCAGAGCCCUCUGGGGACAGGACCAAUGCCAAGACCUCCAUGGGGAGGAGAUGAGUCCUUCCAAAAGUCCCCAGUUGGCCCCGGAAUGGAGGGUUUCCCUCCACGUACAAUCGAACAAAUGGGCCCACGGCCUGGUGUUGAGAGCUUACCCCCAGGUGCUGGUCCUCCCCGACCCCCAGAGGCGGCUGUCAGACCACCACAGCCUAAUCCGGACCCUUACGCGUUUCAACCAUCCACACCUCUUGCUGGGGAUCAGUUCCCUGAGGGGCAGAGACCUUUAUCUCAUCCUCCCCGAACAGUACCAGUUUCUCAGCCAUAUGAUCCUUAUCACCAGCCACCUGGUACUCCAAGACAAACCCUUGAAGAAGAUCCUUAUGCUAAGAUGCCGGGAACACCAGGCAUUCCUCAGUCAAGACCGUAUGAUCCAUACAGUAGACAGCCAAUGACACCACACCCUGCAACUUCUGUCGCAGAUUCAUUCAAAGCACCUACCCAACGACCACCAGGGCCAGGAGAACCAUAUCCUCAGUCUCCGGGAACACCAAGAUCUGCAGUCAUGGAUCCGUACCUCCAGCGGCCACGCCUUCCUCUACCACAGUCUCCAGGUGGACAUGCAGGUGGUCCCCGCCCAGGAGACCCCAUGAUGAGGAUGCGACAACCAGCUCCGGAUCCCUAUGCCUUUUCCCCUGGCACACCUAGGGCUCCCUCAGGGCAAGACGAACCAUUCUUCCAUCCUCGUCCUGGGCCAGGUGGUAUGACUCACGGACUACGACAACAAAUGAUGCAGCAGCUGUCACCACGGAUGAGACAUCCGUCUCCCGAACAGUUCCAGCAGCAGCAGCAACCUGCACCACAGCCUCCAACCUCUCAACCUACCGAUCCCUACAGUCAACAGCCGAUGACCCCGCAUCCAGGUCUACCACAUUCUCCCCAGUCUCCUCACUCCACUCCUGGGGCACUCCGACACCCAGACCAGCAGUUCCCCACCCGGCCACCCCUCUUGUCUCGUUCACAGAGUCUCCCAGACCCCUACAGUCAGCCUCCAGGCACACCGCAAGCAGGGGAUGUGGGAAUGGCGAGGACGCUGUCGCAGCUGAGUCCCGGGAGUGGCAUGGGUAUCAGGGCUCCGAGACCUCCCUUCAUGCAACAGGAGAAGCCAAUGCAUCCUGAGAGCGCCAUGCUUCAACAACUAUACAGCCGACGGCACACUCACUUAGCUGCAGGAUCUUGGGCUAGUUCUAUCUCACACACUCUCUUGGGCCCUGGAGGGGAGGUCCUGGAGGGAGGGGAACGCGGCAACCAGCACCAGCAACUGCGGGAGAUCCUGGCACAGCAGAUCAUGAGGUCGCAGAAAAUUAGGAAGCAGCAGGAAGAAUCAGAGAAGGCAAAAGGCCCCCAGUGGCCACCUCAAGAUGGCGUCCCUCAGAGCCUUCCUGGCACGCCACCGGGUAUGCCACCAAGGUAUAUGGAAGGUGGUCCACGGCCACCCCCAGGGUUCUCUGAACAAGUCCCAGGGGUGGCUCACCCUGAACGCUGGGCUGCUCUACGACACAGGAUGGUGAGACCACCUAACCCUGGUCAGUUCGGGUCAGAAGGAGAAGGGUUUGGUCCGAGAGGUCAGUUUGAGGUCAGACCUGGAUUCCCUGGUGCCAUGAGGCAGCCCCGUCCCCCAGGACCUGGGAUGCCACCCCGUCAAGCAUUCCCUCCAGGGACAGGGCCUAACCAGGGACCCCGUAUUGGAUCGCCAGGCCACGGCCCUUUCCCUCCAGGAUCUAUGGCUGGACAACCAUUCAUGCAGGCUAUUCAAGAUCACCUGGCAUCUCAGGCCAGCCAGUCUCCAGGCCAUCCGAUGAUGUCGCCUAUAGCUGUCAGCACUGCCACAACCCAAGGAGCUGGCUUCACACCUCCAACCUCCGAGGGCCUUCCUUCUAUGGCUUUGCAGCACCCGCCAGCAGUCGGGGGAGAUAGUGUCCCCCCUACAGCAGUCCCCCCUCAGUUCCAGGGACCAGAUCAGAAGCUGACACCCCCAGGUGCCAGGCAGAUGCUCCCACCCUUUGCCAGGCAAGCAUCACAACCCACACCAGCACAGUCAGAAGAGGACUUGUUUCAGCAGGAAACACCUCUCACUUCAACCCGAGAUCCCAUGAUCUCUGAGAACAACUUGAAGACACAACGCCGGGGGAGGGUUUGUGCAGAUGGAACAUUUGACAUUCUGAAGUUUGCAGAUCCAGAACUUGGAUCUGAUGAUGACAAAUUCCUUGAUGAGCAGCUGGAUCUUAUUGAGGGUACCAGCAAACCUGAGGAAACCAAAACUGAUCAGCCACCGAAGCAUGAGGUUGCAUCCACAUCAGUGAGACCAGAACAAGAGAGACCUGAGGAGAAGCCAGUAGUACCUGCAGCCACGGCAGACGAAGCAGGGAAGGAAACAGACGAUGAUAAAUCACAGGACCAGAAAGCUAAUCCUGCCAAAGAUUUCCAAGCCAAAUUCCUUGAGUUCAGCCAGAAAAGGCAAGAACAGUAUGCAUUAGAUGCAGCUAGACUUGCUAAAGAUGGGAAAAAGGACGAGAAAGACAAGAAAGCUGGUGGGGCAAAGGAAACAAAGCAGGGUGUCAGUCAUAUAGCAGCACUGCUGCAAGGCACAGAACCUAUAGGAUCCAGACUUGAAAGAAGUGAAAUAGAGAAGAGGUUGCAGGCUGGGGUCAGAGCCUCCGAGGCUGGAAAGCCUCAGACAGAUCCUCUGGGUCUGGGUCUGGGACAGAGACCGGGAUUGGGUCCCGGUAUUUCCCCUCUUCACCAUGGCCCUAGUCCUCACCAGGGCCCACUGACGCCGGUCCACAUGUCUCCAUCGGGCAGUGUCGGGUUGCCAGGGACACCAGGUCUUCCUUCACCAAAGUUCAUUCCCUCUCCAAGAAGUGGGCAGCCAUCCCCCAGAACUCCCAACAUGCACAGCCCUUUCAGCCAGAUGCCUGUACAUUCCCCUCACAGCCAGCCUGUCACUCCGGGGGCAUCUCAGCUCUCACCAUUCUCCACCUCAGUUCAGUCUCCGUUCAGUCCUCCAGUUUCAGCCCAGUCUCCCUUUGGCUCUGGACUGGUGUCAGCUCCACUGUCUCCAUACUCACAAGGAGCACAGCCCAGACCAGUGCUCAGUCACAGUCAGACCAGUUUCGGUCCCAAUACUCCACAAGGAAUGCUCAACCCAUCAUCUCAAUCUGGUCACCCUCAAGCCCAGUCCUUUCCAAUGCAUCAUUCACCAAGAGCCACCAUCACUCCAACCAACCAAUACACACAAGGGACAUACGGGCAGCAGCUGAACCAUGUACCCCCCAGAGGAAGCACUUUGACGCCAACCCCCAGCAGUAUUUUGUAUGGACAGCCAAUCACUUCACAACAUGGGAUACGAAACCAAGGACCAAGACUUCCGUUUCCACAAGUGAGUCAGUCAAGCGGAGAGGAGGGACAAGAUAGACCUGUCCUGCAGGGACAGGAGGGUGUACCCCCAUCCGUAGUAAUGAGCCAGGCUGGUAUGCCAGGACAACCCCCAGUUCAAUUGCCCAACAGCUACACGGAGAAGCAGCAGCAGAGAUCGCCAAGCUUCUACACCAGGGUAACAUGGUCUCUGUUUCAAUGGCUGGGCCAGGCCCACACGGGAAUAGGAGGGAUGAGGCCGGAAAGACCUGGGAUGCCACAGACAUCUCAUCCCAACUUACAGCAGCAACUAGCACAUGGUCAUCCUGGAAUGGGACCGAGGGGCUUGCCACCUGGCUAUGUGGGCCAAGGACAACCACGGUUACAACACCCAGGCAUGAGGCUGUUAGGACCCAGGGUGCCAGGAUAUCCCGGACCAGGGGGACCAGGAAUGGUUCGACCAGCUCAGAUGCCUCCACCUCAACCUAAGGAACAGUCGACUCUAUUGGAUGAACUGCUGGAACAGGAGAAGCAGGAACAGAAGCGUCAGGCGGAACAGCAAGCCCUAAUCCAUCGGCGUGAAAUCGGAGGAAAACCAGAAGCCAUGAUGCCACCGGGCCUGAGACCAGUUCUGGGACAGCACAUGAUAGGACCUCGCCUGGAAGCACAAAGGAUGCCGGGGCCAGAAGGGGCAUGGUCAGCUUCACAGACCACCGGGCAACAAGGUGAAAUGGCUACCAGUCCACAGUUCCCAGGAUUUGGGCCCCGAGCUCAGGGACAGCUGAGUCCACGGACUCCGUCCCCUUUCCAGACGCCAUCCCCAGGGAUGCAGCCACCUCGGAUGAGCCCUCUCACUAUGAUACCCCCGCCCCCUCAGCCACCCAUCCCGCCACCUGGAGGUGGGGCCGCGGAGUACGAUCGCCAGCAACUGCAGUAUGAGGACUGGCUCACCAAACAGGCUCAGUUCCUGGACAUGCAGAUCAAGCUUCUGGAACAGCAGAUUGCCAAACAGAAGAGAACCAAGAAGAGCAUUCAAGCUCGACAGAGACAGGCACGAAAAAAUGGAAAUGAGCUGAAUCCCAACGAUGUUGCGGAGUUGGAGCGGGUCACCACAGAGCAGUCGGGUCUGCAGAAACAGCUGGAGGCCUUGAGGAAGCAGCAGCGACAACACCAGAUGAUGGUGCAGGACUAUCGCAACAAACAGAAGGAACAGUUUGGUCGUAACUGGCUACCAUCGCCAGUACCUGCUCAGGCUAACCAAGCAGCGCAGGUCUCUCCUGUAUCGACACCUUCUGCCACUCUGUCUUCCUCUCCUGCCUCCACACCUGCAGGAACGCCCCCACAGACUCCACCAGUCCGUGUCCCGGGUGCAAACUCUGUCCGAUUGACUCGCACAGACAGACAGGAAUAUGAAGCUUAUAUGCAGAACAGGCUGCGAAUGUUGAGCCAACAGACAGGAGGAUGCAGGGGCAGGUACCCCAAGGACAGCUUCCACAAGGACAGAUACCCCCAGGUCAACUUCCUCAGGGUCAGCAUCCACCAGGUCAACUUCCUCCGGGUCAGCAUCCACCAGGUCAACUUCCUCCUGGUCAACUUCCCCCGGGUCAACUUCCUCCGGGUCAACUUCCCCCUGGUCAACUUCCUCCUGGUCAACUUCCUCCUGGUCAACUUCCUCCUGGUCAACUUACCCCGGGUCAGGUACCACCAGUACAACUACCACCAGGUCAGGUACCACCAGUACAACUACCACCAGGGCAGAUAUCCCCAGGACAGAUAUCUCCCGGACAGCACCCUUCAGGACAAGGUGCGCCAGGUGCUGCACAGUCACCAGCAACAGUGGGUCCUGGAGGUCCUAUGGGCCCUGGACAACAAUCCGUUUAGUGAGGGAUUUCAGCAGAGAGAACAGCUUGAACGGUUCCGUGAGAAGAACUGGGCUCAGAUUCACGAAGGUGCCACCCCUCCAACUACUGAAGUGCAAGGGCCAGCACCCGCUGACUCUCUAGCACCUCCAGCUCAACCUCUUCCUCAAGCCCUCCCUCAGAUGCAGUUCUUCAGGGAGAGAGGGAUGACGUUUGAACAAGGCCCUCGCUUCACACGAGCACCAGGCCUGUUUGCUGGAGAAGGGGCACCGCGCCCAUUUGAGGGACCUCGCCCACCUGCCUAUCCUGGACCCCCUGGACUUUACCCCCAAAUGCCUGGUUCUGACCAGAGUCGCCUCCCUUUCCCACAAGGCUUGCCCUUCCAGCCAGGCUUUGGCAUCCCUCCCACUGCAAAUCUACCCCCUGAGAUGGGCUCCCAAGGAGCAAAGGGAAAGCCGAAAAAGCGACGGAAGAAAAAAAAGGCAGCAGAAACUGAAAAUGUGCAGUCCCAACCCUUGCCACCUUCAAUUCCCACACAACCAGCCAUUUUAGGACAAAAUCCACCAUCCACCCCAGCUGCUCCAGUAGCUGUGACCACCACUACAGCGACUACUACAACAGCCACAACUCUACCGCCUCCUGCCCCUCCAGCUAAGAUGACAGAGUUUCCGAUAAAACCACAGUCAGAAACUGAGCGAAGAAUCUUGGAAAUCCUCAGUAAAACUGCUGCUCUUGCGCAGAAGGAAGGGGAUGAGCAACUACCUGGUGGGAAGAGUGCUCGGGGCAAAACUGCUGCAUCUUCUGCUGCUGCUCCACCAUCUCUGCAACCACCGCCACCUCUGGCACAGCAAGGAGCAGUGUCUCCAGCACCUUCUGGGACAGGCAUUCAACCUCAGGGCACAGUCCCAGCACAACAGGCAGGAGCCCAGUCCACAGGCCCACCGCCACUUUUGUCACAAGGUGCUCAGGCAGGUCAGGCUACCCAACUGCUGCUCCGGUCAACACCUCCAGUGUCAGAUCAAGUUAAAGUUACAGAAUCUGGUAACAUCAAAGUGGAGUCUCCUGCAUCCACAACAGGUGCCCCUUCAGAUCAGGAGGUUGAGAAACCUGCACAAGAUGGGAGUUCAUCCAUUCCUCAUUUGGAAACUCAAGUGACACAGUCUAGUGUUGCUAUGCAGAGUGCACCGAGCUAUGAGUCUCCCCCUCAUCUUCAACCACAAACUGAUGUGUCUUCAGAAUUGUCCACUACCUCAAAGACAACACCUUCCCCACAGACAGCAGAAUCAGCAUCUGCACCCCCAGACCAACCUCCUGCACACCAUUUGGAGGAACAACCAUCUGGCAAGGACAGUGCAUCAACUGACAAACCGGCAGAUGACGCAUAUGAUGAGCCUGACGGUGGUGCAUCUGUCACUGAAGGUGGGGAGUCAUCGGAACCAAAAAAAAAGUUUGUGUGUGAUGAUGGAAUUCAUUGUGGUACAGAUGAUGAAGAAGAGGAAGAAAAAGGACCAGAUCCCCCUAAAGAAAAGUUUGUCUGUGACGAUGGAAUACAUUGUGGAACUGAUGAUGAAGAUGAAACUCCUGCAGAGGGAGAAGCCAGAACAAGCAAAGCAGCUGGAGAAAGCUCUUCAGCUGCCCCAGGACCAUCUCAAACAAAACCCCAAUCAACAGAGGAAACACAAAAGAGUGACAGGAGUCCUCAAGAUCAACCAGCCACCCAAUCAAGCACUGAACCAGUGCAGGCUGAAACCCCCAAGCAAAUAAGUGACACCAAAGAUGGCAACAGUGAUAAUCCAGAAGCUUUGCAGCCAACUGCACCAUCCACUUCUAGUCAACAGCAGCCCACAGAGAGUGUUCCUAAUCAGUCAGCAACUGCUUCUCCUGCAGUGCCUGUCUCGGGAUCGAAUGAGGAACCAACUUCAACAUCUGGUAGUCUUCAGACACACCUGGCCUCAUCAGUGCAGACGUCAGCUGCAUCCUCGCACAAUGAGACCGCUCCAUCCACUCAGAGUACACAGUCAAGUAUCUCAACACCUCAACAAGCUCCAGUUUCUGCACAGUCCACAAUGCAUCCAUCCCCUCCUCAAUCAAUGAUGGGCCAAGGACAUCCACGACCACCUUUUCCACAAGGGCAUUCGAUGCUGAGGCACCUGCGACCUGAAAUUAAUCCUCAAGUACUUCAGGAACAGAUGAUGAGAGCAGGGCAUAUACCUCUUGAUCAGCCGCAAGCUGGUGUGGGCGAUACAUCACCUCAAGCACCAGGUCCGACGCAGCGCCUUCCACCUUCUUACGCUACUGCUAUCAUGUCGGGUCAUGCAAUGAGGCCCUCUCUAACUGCUACUUCACCUGCCGGACCAACCCACGACCUCAGCUGCCACCAGGUGCUGUACAACCGCAAAGGCUUGGAGAUCCAGAUCAGCCCCCUCUGCAGCCUAAUGUUUCACAGUCAACAGCCAUACCUGCAACUGCUUCUAGUCCAAGACUGUCUCAUCCAGUGGUCACGACUACAGUCUCGGGCAUCAACACCUUCAAAUGUACCAAGCUCCUCGCCCAACUAUCCGCAGAUACCAGGGCAGAUUGUUCCACAAACAGGUGAGACUCGCAUGAGGAUGCCCAUGUCUCCAGCAGCAAUGCAGCAGCAGGUAGCAGCUCACAUGGCACGUAUGCAAGGCAUGCACCAAUCAGCGAUGCUACAAAGGUUACCACAUGCUCAAGGCCUACAACUUACGGGACAAAGACUGCCACCCCAUUCCACACCUCAAAGCAUUCCUCCACACUCUACACCACCAGGCAUUCCACCACGUUCCUCUCCACAAUCUUUACCUCACUCAGCUGCUCCAGGUAUGCUGCCUAAUCAAGCAUCGUCCCACACACUGACUCAAGGAAUACCCCCUGGACAGGGAUUCCGGCCUCAUGGUAUGCCAGGGAUGCCACCUCAGUCAGCUGCUCAGGGUAUGCCUCCACAUUCGGUUGCUCAGGGAGUUCCUCUUCAGUCAAUGGCAUCUGGGAUGCCCCCAAGAAGUGCAGCACCAGGAAUGCCACCACUUUCACAAGGAAUGCACCCCCAGUUUGCUCAGAGAGGGAUGCCUCAAGGUAUGAUGCACAGAUUGCCGCAUGGCAUGCCACCUCACCUGAUGCAGAGGAUGCCCCAGAGGAUGCCAGGACAAAGGAUGCCUCCACAUGGCAUGCAACACCUACCAGCAGGGAUGCCCCCUCACUCCACCCCUCCUGGAAUGCCCCCUCAGUCAACUGCCCAGGGAAUGCCCCCUCAUGCUGGUCAUCCCCACCAGGUUGCUCAGGGAGUACCCCCUCAACCACAUGGAAUGCCUCCACGUUCAUCAGCUCCAGGGAUGCCACCCCACUCACCAGCUCAAGGGAUGCCACCUCACUCACCAGCUCCAGGAAUGCCACCUCACUCACCAGCUCAUGGAAUGCCACCUCACUCACCAGCUCCGGGAAUGCCACCCCGCUCACCAGCUCCGGGAAUGCCACCCCGCUCUCCAGCUCCAGGGAUGCCACCCCGCUCACCAGCUCCAGGAAUGACACCUCACUCACCAGCUCCGGGAAUGCCACCUCACUCGGCACAAGGAAUGCCACCUCACUCGGCACCAGGAAUGCCAUCUCACACUGCUCCAGGAAUGCCAUCUCACACUGCUCCAGGAAUGCCAUCUCACACUGCUCCAGGGAUGCCACCUCUUACUGCACCAGGGAUGCCACCUCUUACUGCACCAGGAAUGCCACCUCACUCUGUGCCAGGAAUGCCACCUCACACUGCUCCAGGAAUGCCACCUCACACUGCUCCAGGAAUGCCACCUCACACUGCUCCAGGAAUGCCACCUCUCUCUGUUCAACAAGGUAGGCCUCCUCGUUCUGCACUGCUUGGAAUGCCAUCACAUUCUCCAACCCUUCCCAAUCCAGAACUGAUUUCACAAGCCAUUGGUGACUUCCAUGGUGUAAUGCAGGCAAAGCAUGCAAUGCCACAACAGAUCCCAGGACAAGGAAUGCCUGGUGUAGCUCUAGGUGGACCACAGUUGUCGCCCCUCAACCUACCCAAACAGCAGACACAAGGUAGAUUAAAGGCCUCCCCUUCAACACCAAACCUGACCCCACCUCACAGCGUGUCAACUCCUCCCCAGUCAACCACACCUGUGACUACACCCAUCGCAAGCACAGCAACCUCUCCGGCAGGAUCCCUGUCCGCUCUGGCCACACCAAGCCCUGUUGACAGUGUCAAGAUCAAGCAAGAGCCCACAGACGAUGCCUUCCUACAGUUUGACACAAGUGAUGCAGAGGCCUUGCGAGCCAGCCAGAACGCUCUUCUGAAGCAGCUGUUGGCGAACAGUGGAGCCAAGAGGGGUGCCCAGAACAGCCCUCAGGGUGAAGGAGAAGACAUCCCCCAGCUGACACCGGAGCAGCAGCAGCAGCUGGAGAUGAUAGACAAGAUGCCUAUAUUUAGGGAAACCGAGAUUUCUUCUGAGGAGUGGGAAAGUAAAACUCCUGAGGAAAGGGAGAAAAUACUCGGUGAGUACAUACUGGAAAUGAGAAGACAGGAAUAUGAGCGUAAACGUAAGGAAUAUGAGGAGCUGCGGAAAGCCAAGAGGAAGAAUCCUGUGCCAGAAGGACCGGAGACGAAGUUGAAACGGAGGAAGAAAGGAGAAAACAAAGAUGCUGUGCCCAAGAAACGAAUUCGAAAACCUAAAGGAAAGGAAACUGAACUGGAAGCAAGAACAGAGUCUUUCCUUCAACAACUGAGGGCACUCCCUCCCAUCAAUCUUCAAGAACCACCCAUUGGCAUAAACAACAAUAUUGUCCCUGUGAUGGGGGCCAACUCAGUCACUGCUGAAAAUCAGGUUAAAGGCAGUUAUGGGAAGGCAUACAUGGAGGGACUACCAGACUUCUAUGGAAGUCUUCAGCAUCCAAACUUCCCGCUGGGCAUCCGGCAACCUGGGGCGGACAUUGCCGCUCGGAGACGCUUCCUCAGCGAUGGACAGACAGUACCAUUUACAGGUCCUAUUACAGACGAGCAGCGCUACCAUCUGCUGUCGGCCGGAGUUCACCCGCAGGCCCUGGCUCAACGCAUGCCCCUCCUGCCAGGCAUGAUCAGACCAUUCAUGCCUGUCAUCCCACCGCAGCCCAGGAUUGAACCCCACCUGGAACAAUCUGCAAGAGACACUCCGGAUACUGUUAUAUCCUCCUCGUCUCCUGAGGUAGGCUUUGGAGAACAGGACACAGAGUUACCUGCCCUUCGUCCCAUCGAACCUGCUGUAGCCGAGGAUGACAGAGGAGCAUCCCCGGCCGUGCCCUUGCUGCACCCAAUCCCCAUCAAGGCAGAGAUCAAGGAUGAGAAGAAGGAACUGAAAGAAGAAGACCUGUCCAAAAUAGCGGAACACAGCGAUGUGGUGUUGGCAGAAAAGAAGGAAAGAAAUAUUGACAGUUUGAUGAGUAGUAAAGACACUUUGACGGCCAAAAUGCCAGCCUUGACAUCAAGUCUUGCACGCCCUUUCAUAGACCCCAGCUUGGACCAGCAGGUGUCUGUGACCUUGACCUUAUCAGCCACCGCGGCUGAAGAUAUUGGGGGAGUGAUAUCUGCCAUUGCUGAUCUGUUGAAAAUUGCUGUCCCACCAACAUACGAGAUGACAAGGAGCCCGUCCCCAGAAACGUACAAAGUGAAUCUCACACACAAAGAAGAAGCUGUGAACAUCCAAUCCCUUAUCAAGGCCAAACCCAAGUUCUGUCGCCACUGUGAUGUGGUAGUGCUCAGCUCUGGGAUCCGCAAGAAGAAAACUGAACUUCCAUUCCUCACGAAGGAUGAGCAGGUGUGUGGAGACACUGAGGAAGAAGAGGUGACAUUCUGCAGCAUGAACUGUUACAUGCAGUUCACCAUCACGCACCAGAUGCCGCAAGCUCACGAGACAGAAGCUGGAAACCUGGUUGAGCACAAGAGCGGAUGUACCCCAUCCACAUCCCCCCGCCACGUCCCUGUCACCUCAGCUCUGUCCAUCUCCACCACCCCACCCAUCACCCCACAGUCUUCCAGGGACCAGCCUGCCACACCCACCACCCCUCUCUCUUCAUCCACUGUGUCCAAGUCGCCCAUGCCGUCGCCAGCGUUGCCGAGUCCACCAGUGAAGAAAGAGGAAAAGCCCGGGAAGAAACACCGCCGCAGCAGCAGCACUGCGUCUGACAUUCAGCUGCCACAGAUGCAGCCUGUCAAGCCCCUGGUGAAGAAGUGGAAGGACAUCCGUUGGCAGCACUGGGAUCCCAAGAUGCAGGAUAGCCUUGGGCACUACCCAACGACACCUGCUAAGGAACUGGAUCAGAUCUGGAGUCGAAUGGAUAUGGUGGUGCACUUUAGCAGCCACAACAAGGAGGACAAGAGGAACUGUACCUUCUGUCAGCAGCCUGGUGAUGGAGACACGGACACCUCCUCAAGACUUCUUAACCUGGAUGUUGAUAAAUGGGUCCAUCUGAACUGUGCCCUGUGGUCUUAUGAGGUGUACGAGACCCUCAACGGAGCUCUGAUGAAUGUGGAAGUAGCCUUCAAGCGCGGAGUGUCCCUGGAGUGUAUUGUAUGUGGGAGGCCCGGAGCCACGCUGAGCUGCUUCAAGAUCCGGUGUACCCACACGUAUCAUCUCCCAUGUGCCAAGAAGGUGUCCUGUAUGUUCUUCCAGGAUAAGACUCUGCUGUGUCCUGUUCUCCCCAAGUCUCCUGUGGAGAACGAGCUGGAGACCCUUGUGGUCCAUCGCCGAGUCUACAUCAACCGGGACGAGGACAAGCAGGUGGCCAGCAUGAUCCAUCAGGAUGAAGGAAGCCACACACUCAGGGUUGGCUCGCUGACCCUUCACAGUAUUGGCCAGCUCCUGCCCCACCAGAUCCAGACAGGCAGGUUCCACACCAAGGAUUACAUCUACCCUGUUGGCUUCCGCACAAGUCGCUUCUACUGGAGCAUGCGGACAGCUUACAAGCGGUGUCGCUACACCUGCAGCAUCUCUGACAAUGAUGGCUGCCCAGAAUUCACCAUCAAGAUAGAGGAGGAGGGCUUCUCAGAUACUCUCUACAAGGAGAGCUCCCCAAAAGAUGCAUGGAUGCACAUUCUCAAACCCCUGGAAGAUAUCCGCCGCGGUGCUGACCUCGUCAAGAUGUUCUCCACCUUCCUCACUGGCGAGGAGCUGUUUGGUCUCACCGAACCCAACAUACUUAAAGUGCUGGAGUCGCUGCCAGGAACAGAUCUCCUUGGCAACUACUGUUUCCGUUAUGGCCGCUCACCUCUCAUUGAAAUGCCGCUGGCCAUCAACCCAACCGGAUGUGCCAGGACCGAACCCAAGCUUAGAACACACUUCAAACGACGCCCUCACACCCUCCAGUCCAGCAACUCUCGGUCCCUCCCAACCACUGUGACAGGCGUGACUGGAGACGUCAACUCCCCCUACAUGAAGCAGUUUGUACAUUCCAAGUCCCAGCAGUAUCGCCGACUGAAGACAGAAUGGAAGACGAACGUCUUCCUGGCCAGAUCAGGAAUUCAGGGUUUGGGUCUAUUUGCUGCCCGAGACCUUGAGAAGCACACAAUGGUGAUAGAAUACAUCGGGGACCUCAUCCGGAACGAGGUUGCCAACCGCCGGGAAAAGGUGUAUGAAGAUCAGAACCGUGGUGUGUACAUGUUCCGCAUUGACUGUGACAUCGUCAUCGACGCCACCAUGGCGGGUGGUCCUGCCAGAUACAUCAACCAUUCCUGCGCCCCCAACUGUGUGGCUGAGGUUGUUCCCUUUGAAAAGGAGAGCAAGAUCAUCAUCAUCACCAGCCGACGCCUUGCGAAGGGCGUGGAGCUGACAUAUGACUACAAGUUUGACUUUGAAGAUGACCAACACAAAAUACCCUGCAAUUGUGGAGCUCAUGGAUGUCGCAAGUGGAUGAACUAGCUGUCAUCUCUCUAACAGUCCAUGACCCAUCCCAUCUUUAUUGAGAUUCUCUACUUAAAACUGUCAACAUGGAAAGGCUGUUAUAUAAGAAUGAAAUAACUAUGAAAUGAACUUUUUAGCAAAUGAGAUUUAAGUAAUGUUUGAAAUUAUGCUCGAUUGACUAUAGUUGUUCAUAGGCAUAUAGUGGCCUGAGCAAGGCAUGAACCAAUCUUGUUACUAAUAUAUCUGUCAUUAUUGCCUGUACAGUGGCGUAGUAGCAGUAGAUCGUUACGACAUAUGCAAGAGGAAGGACAGGCCGUCAAGGCUUGCUCCUGGGCUAUACGAACAUGUUUUUAUAUACGUCCCUGGAUAUUACUAGUCAUAUACAUAGCAUAUCUGUUAAACAGGAUUACACUAUAUUUUUCUAGUUUGUGUUUGUGAUAUUCUCAGAUAAACUGUGUCUUUCUUGUUGAUUUGCCAUACUUUGGAAUGCAGAUUUUAGAUGGAUAUAUGAAUGGUAUGAUUUAUUACUCUGAUUCUUGAGAUUUUUUUUAUAACAUUUUAAUGUAGUAUUGGUGUUGAGAAAGUAGUUUUUUAUUGCCUUAGUUGCUAGUUAGCACCGAAAGAGAUGCUUGUGUUCACUUAAAGUUCAAUUUUCAUUGACAGUUGCAGCAUUGGAACAAAUGUAGGUGACAGGGCAUUUAAAUGCCCCAGUUAUGUAUAUACUUGGAACAAUACAGUGAAUCUUAUGAUAUGCACAAUAAAGAAUGUGCAUAAUUGUUACUUAUUGAACUAUGCCAAAUGACCAUUUUGACAUAAUGAACUGUGAAGAUAUGUAAAUACUUGGAUGAUAUGAUAUGUAACAUUAGUGGAAUGGAAUCGACAUUUCCAUGAGAGCCUCGUGCACCAGCUUGCAAAGGAGCUUUAACUUUCAAGCAGGCUGGAGGAGAUUGUCUUUUGUAUAUAUUGUGCAAGAAUCCAUAGUCUUUAAGUUAUUUCAUGAUGCAUUAUCUCUCUCGUGUUCAAGGAACAUGCACAGUUUAAUGAGAUGUGCUUGUGUCACAUCGUUGUUGUGUUUCAUGGUAUGUUUACGAUGUAGUGUGGUGUAUUGUCAUUGUGAACACAUCAUGUACUGGUAGUACACCAACAUGUGUAUUUUGAUGAUCAGUGUCUUUGUUUAAUGACACUUAUUUGUGAUUACACUAAGUACACACACUGUUUGACGACAGUGUCUGCAUACAUCGUUUGUGACGACAGUGUCUGCAUACAUCGUUUGUGAUGACACUGUCUGCAUACAUCGUUUGUGACGACACUGUCUUCAUACACUGUUUGUUAAGACACUGUCUGCAUACACCAUUUGUUUUGACUUUCUACAUAUCUGUGACUGCGCUGUCUUCAUUAUCUGUUUGUGACAACAUUGUCUUCAGAAUGUUGAACGGCACUGUUAUCACAAACGGUUUGCAGUGACACUGUUAGAACAGUUCCUGGUCUUGUACAUCUAAUGCUGCUGUUCAGUGGACAUGUUUUAUGUAGCCUGGAGUGAGCUGUUUCUCCUCAGCAGAGCUGAUCUUGUGUGCCACAGACACCAGCCUGGCUACAGCACUGUCCAGUGUUGUACAGAGUGGAAGAGGAGUGAAAGUAUUUACACCAUUGUGAAUAGGAAGUUCUGUAUGUAUGUGUGUCAAGUAGUAGGAUGAGCGACAGAGCCUAACAUGCACUAUCUAUCUCAGUCUGUUCAUGAGCAAUAACCAUUGCUGGAUACCAGCGACAUGAAAAUUUCAACCUUUACACUUUUGUUGAUGCUGUCAGAUAUGACAUAUUGAUGUCCGACGUUUCCUAUGAUGUACUUCUGUUUGAGAAAGCCUGUCACUGUAAAUAAUGCUCUGUUAAUGACAGUCUCAUGCAGUACCCAUCUCAUUGUAGAUACUCAUAAUUUUAUAGUCAUAGUACUAUCAUUAAGAAAUUCGUCUUGUCCUUGGUCCACCAGGCUUGUCUCAGUACUGCAGACCUACCAUCAUGUGCUGUUAAUGUAGAUGGGUUUUUUUUGUACCAAAACAGAGUUUGUUUUCCUUGUCUGUGUAUACAGAUGGAAUCCAGUGUAAAUAGGGUCACUGCAACCAACCGACGUAAAGAGUUGUCCAGCCAGCACGGCCGAGCUGUACAGCCAUGUAUAAUUCACAUUGUCUGACAUUGUAUAUAACAUCCUGCACAAUCAACUUGCAAAGUGUUCAUAGACAUACCCUGUCAAAAUUUGCCAAUAUUGUUCUCUUCCAUUGAAUCAUUUUAUAGAAUUUUUAAGGAUUUUUUAAAUCAACUUUGCAUUUUGUCCUUCCCUCAAGUUGAAUAUGAAGCAUUCAGUAUUUUUCAUACCUCGUAUACAUCCAUGUAAAGUUGGUGAGAUUGGUUCCUGUCACCUGUUAUGUUUAUUAUCAUGCUUUCAAUCUUCAUGUUAUAUUUUGUCCAUUAUCAUGUAUUAUGCCACUUAAUGAGAUAUUUGCUGGUCAGGUUGUAGCUUCUCAUACAGGGAAGCAGCACUUAACACACAACCGUGUCAUUUAGUUUCACUUGAAUCAGUUGUAGUGAAUAUGAGGGUUUGCUGUACAUCAUGAAUCAUAAUGUUAUAUAGCUUUGGGAAAGUGUUGCAUCUCAACCAUUCCACCUCACACAUGUACUUGAUGCCAAAAUUGAUGAACCAACAAAUUUUCACAUGCAUUUUAUGGUGUUAGGACUUGUAGCCCAUUUGUUACUGGAUGGACUGGACAACUUUAUCAGCAGUUCUGGUAAAUAUUACUGAAAUCGUUGAUAUUAAACCAGUGAGCAUGUCUGACGUGGUUCUAGAAAGUCACUAGACAUCUUAUGAUUUUUGUUAUCAGCAUCAUAUGGUUUUGCUUUUUAGUUUUUUUUGACAUACAGUACCUGUUUCCCAGAUGGAUCCAGCACUGUUUGGCACGGUGAUACUUGCAGCUACUGCGACCAAAGAUCCUACUAUAACUGUGGGUAGGGUAUUGGUAGGAUAACUGCAGGGUGGGCUGUUUCACCCCAUAGGAGGCUGGCUACACUUAUCUCAAGUCCCCUGUCCUGAAGCUCUGCAUCGUCUCUGUGUUCCCCUACUGUCUAUUUAUUACAGGGUGGGUGGGAUUUGGCAGGGUGUACACAUUACUGGAGACCUUCAUACAGCCUAGGAGAGUUUGUACUUUAAAACAAUUCAAACACAUUAUAAUGUGCAGCUUCUUAAUUUGGAAUUUUUAAAAACAAAAAUAUGAAGCAUUAAUUUGCAGAUGCUCAGUGUAAGAGAAAGUUAUUUUAGAUUCCCUUUUUAAAAGACACUAAUUUUGGAGAUUGUCAAUUUGAAAUAAGUUAUUUCGCAGUUUCUCAGUGAGCCAUUAGAUUCUGUUUGAAAGACAUCAACUUGAAUUUUGAAUUAAUCAGCUUUUUUUCUUGAGAGAUUGUUUUCCAGUAUCUGAGGCUUGCAAUGCAUGUUGUGGGGUUGAGCCUACCAGAGGACUCCGAGCAAAUGGUUGGCUUUUUUAUAGGCAGCAUUUGGUUCUUUAAUGUUUUGAGGCAUAAUUGUUGUUUUUAUGCUUUAAACUGUUUGUAUGUUUUGCAGAAUUGUUGCAAAUAGCGUUUCAGACCACCACACAAGCAUCAGUUAAUUGCCAAAAAUAGGUUCAAACCUGAGUUUGAAAUUUCUAUCAAGUUUUUACAGGUAAAUGAUGUUUUCUGAUAGAAGCGUAUCCCUUAAAAUAAGCAGGUGUACCUCCAUACAGUAAUUGUAGUGUACUCUGCUGUACUCAUAUGUCACCUUUCAGUAGAUCUAAAUGUAGGCUGAUGUCACUUCCUGCUUGUCGGGACAAUGGCAAACAACAGAUUCAUUCUAUUUUAGGGGAUUUCAACUCCUAUAUUGUUAAUUAAUGUUGGUGUUAUGGUAUGGAUAAUGAAUUCCCUAAUUUAUUUCAUGGAUAUAUUCGUACACUAACAUGGUGACCAUGGUUACCAGGCUACAUCUAGCUUUUCUUCAAGGGUGAUUGUAAUUAGUCUUUUUUAGAUAGCAAAUAGCUUUAUUAAACAAUUCUAAUACCUUUUACCUUUGAUUAUUUAACAUCAAAUACAUCUAUUUUUUUGGUUUUCUUUCAUAACAUUUAAAACUACUUUUCCUUGCUGUCCACCGUUAUACUUGUGGAUGUAUUGGACAUCCACCCUGAUCUCACAUUGCUGAAGCUUGGUCUGUGAACAGGGUGUGUGCCUGUUGUUGGCCACGCCCCCUGUCUACGAACAGAGUGUUGGAUGGUCUAGCGAGUGAUUGACAUGUGUCAACAGUGUGUCAUGCUAUUCUUGUGUUGAGUGUUAUGUAAAGUCAUUGUAAAUAAACAUGAUCAUCUCAGGUCAGUGAAUAUUGAAA